UCCCUGUCGACAAGAAAAAUAUGAUCGCGCAGCGUUUCUAUUUCGGCACGUACCCCGACCCAGAGAAAGACGGACAUACAAAAGGGUGAAGAAAACGAUGUAACUCAACGGUAUUGUUGUACCGCAAACACUUUUUGCUAGAAUUAAAGUAUUAUUUAUAAGAACAUGAAAUAGCCGUUGUUAGUUCGAAGUAGGCUACUGCUAGCAGGCUACUGUACAGCAGUUGCAACGAGACGAGGUGCAGUGCACACCUCCCCCACAAGUCUAGCCGCUGUCACUUCCAUUUCACCGGUGUGUUUUGGUUCGAUAGGCGGUGCGCGCUGACAAUUUGUCAAUCAGUUGUCGACACUAAAUAGACUGGUUGUGAUCGAUGGCGAAACCAGAACCAGCCCAGCAACAUGUGGAGGAGAAAGCGGAGGAGAUUGACGACGCAGAGUUGGCAUUUAAAGGAAUAAACAUGCUGCUCAACAACGGAUUCAAGGAGAGCGACGAUCUGUUCAGAAAAUACAGGACCCACAGUCCACUGAUGAGUUUCGGAGCCAGUUUUGUCAGCUUUCUGAAUGCCAUGAUGACGUUUGAGGAGGAGAAGAUGCAGAUGGCCUUUGAUGACCUCCGAGCCACUGAGAGACUGUGUGAGAGCGACAACACUGGGGUCAUAGAGACCAUCAAAAAAAAGAUCAGGAGGAGUGACUCCCAGAGGUCAGGGGUGGCAAUAGUAGACCGUCUCCAGAGACAGAUCAUUGUGGCAGACUGCCAGGUGUACCUCGCCGUCCUCUCUUUCAUCAAACAGGAACUCUCAUCAUACAUCAGAGGAGGCUGGAUCCUCCGCAAAGCCUGGAAGAUGUACAACAAGUGUUAUAGCGACAUCAGCCAGCUGCAGGAUUGCAGCAAGAGGAGGUCCUCCGACCAGCAAGGGUCUCCCUCUCCAUCCACUGAACAGGCCAACCGCAACCACGCCACGCCCCCAACCCAGAUGACCAAUGGGGUGAGCCCGGAGGCCCUGGAGAGGCUCAAGGGCUCGGUCAGUUUUGGCUACGGCUUGUUCCACCUGUGCAUCUCCAUGGUACCGCCACACCUGCUGAAGAUCGUCAACCUUCUGGGUUUCCCUGGCGACCGCCACCAGGGGCUGUCCGCCCUUACGUAUGCCAGUGAAAGUAAGGACAUGAAGGCCCCCCUAGCUACGUUGGCCCUCUUGUGGUACUAUACGGUAGUGCAACCCUUUUUUGCCCUGGACGGCUCAGACACACAGGCCGGCCUGAUGGAGGCUAAGGCUAUCCUCCAGAGGAAGGAGCCUGUAUACCCUAACUCCUCCCUCUUCUUGUUCUUCAAGGGCAGGGUGCAGCGCCUGGAGUGCCAGAUCAACAGUGCCUUGAUGUCCUUCCAAAAUGCCUUGGAGCUGGCUACAGACCAGAGGGAGAUCCAGCAUGUGUGUUUGUAUGAAAUAGGGUGGUGCAGUAUGAUCGAGCUGAGGUAUAGUGACGCCUACAGGGCCUUUCAGCGUCUGGCAACUGAGUCACGCUGGUCCCAGUGCUACUACGCCUACCUAACUGGAGUGUCCCAGGGAGCAUCAGGAGAUCUGGAGGGGGCUGCCGCUGUCUUCAAGGAUGUGCAUACGCUUCUGAAACGGAAGAACAAUCAGAUAGAACAGUUCUCUAUGAAGAGGGCGGAGAGGCUAAGGAAACACUCCCCAUCCAGAGAGCUGUGUGUCCUGGCUGUGAUCGAGGUACUUUACCUGUGGAAGGCUCUACCGAACUGCUGCACCUCUAAGCUACAGAUCAUGAGCCAAGUUCUGCAGGAACUAGAUGACGUCUCAAUUGCUGGCCUGAAAAACCUGCUUCUUGGUGACAUACACAGAUGUCUCGGCAACAUAAAAGACGCCAUUGAGUGCUUCCAUCUGGCUGCCGGAGAUGAGGUGGGUCGUCAGAACAACUCCUAUGUGCAGCCCUACUCCUGCUACGAGUUGGGCUGUGUUUUACUGGACAGCCCUGAGUCUGAAGCGAAGGGCAGAGCUCUGAUGCUUCAGGCCAAGGAUGACUUUGCUGGCUAUGACUUUGAGAACAGGCUCCAUGUACGCAUCCACUCAGCUCUGGCUUCCAUGAGGAAGGAGGUGGCCCCACCUUGACUACUGCCCCAUUCCUCCACCAUACAUCCACCCUAGCUCUGCGUUGAGGGUAGAAGGAUCUGGAAACAACUACAGAAGCCAUCUUGAUCUUCACUGUGAUGGUUCACUGCAAUGUGUUUGUUUCAGUUGACUUAUGUUUGUAUAAUGAAUGUGCCAUCAAGUUUGUAAUGCGUAGUUUACAGUAAAUCUCCUGGAGGGAUAGUGCAGACUACUGGAGUGUAAUUGUGUGUUUCAACCAGAUCAAAUAUGUACAGUAGUUGCUGCUGGGAGGCAAAUGUAACUUUUUACCAAGGAAAAAUAUAUUGGGGGAAAAUCUGUCAGUGAGACAGCAGGUAGUCUAAUGGUUAAGAGUGUUGGGCCAGUAACUGAAAGGUUGCUGGUUCAAAUCCCUGUGCCGACUAGGUGAAACAUCUGUCGACAUGCCCUUGAGCAAGGCAUUAACCCAAUUGCUCCUGUACGUCGCUUUGGAUACGAGCGUCUGCUAAAUGGCUAAAAUGUGAAUAGUACCAUAUCUUUCUCCCAUAAGAUAUGAAAGGGUUCUGAUUGAAAACUGUGUAUGACGCUUCAUUAUAAAGCAGUGAACUUGUGCCAUAGAAACCCUACUGUCUAGGUUUCUGCCAGAUGACCUCAAAGUCCUGUUGCUCUUACAGUAGUAAACAAUCUGAAUGCACAAUCCCUGUGCUACUACUCAUCACCUGGCCAUUGUCACUGUAAAUUGACCUUAGGUUAUACAUUGUGAAUCCAUUAAAGAUAUCCUCAAACAUGUUACAACGUUGUUACUUAAAAAAAACAUGUUUUUACUGGUUUUAAUAACAAGUCUAUUGAUAUUGAAAGGGAAAACCCCUAUUCAUAUCACUGUAAAUAUAGAUAUGGUACUAGCUAAAUUACAUUGUCCUUUUGGCACUCACUUAUGUGUAUAACAUCUACACUCUGCUGUACUUGUAUUUGCUGGAGACUGGUUUUCCUUUGUUGCUGUGUUUUUUAUGUAUAAGAUCAUGUGUUAAAACAAUACAUCUCUUAAAUCUA